AUGAAAGUAUAUGACGAUGAAGACAAUAUUGGAGUCCUUGAACAAACUAUCUUUCCUGAUAAGGGAGUCCUUUACCAACAACGUAUUGUUUGUGCUGAACAAAAAAUUAAUCUUGUCCAAUGUCGAUUAUUCCUUACUAAAUUAAUUGCUGUUUUUAACAGAGGAGACACAUUCACUCAAGAGGAAGCAACUGAAUUAUUCUUUGCAACAACAAAAUUAUUUUAUUCACCAAAUGUACCAUUAAGGCAAUUAUUAUUUACUGCUUUAAGGUCAGUAAUUCCAUAUGCAUGUGAUGUUUUUGUUGUAAUGAACUCACUAAGUAAGGAUGCUACUUCAACCUAUGACUUCCAACGAUCUUCUGCUUUAAGAACACUUGGAAUGAUUUUAACUGAUCAAACUAUUAACUCUUUAGAACGUCAUUACAAACAAGGAAUUGUAGACAAAAUACCGAAUGUUUCAGUUAGCGCUUUAUCUACUGCAUGUAAACUUGCUCUUACUCAUGCAGAUGUGGUUGCUAAAUGGAUGCCAGAAAUAUCAACAGCACUUUCAUCAAGUAAUCAUUUAGUACAAUGCCAAGCAAUAAGACUUCUUCAUAUUCUUAAAAAACAUGAUCGUGUAGCAUUAAUUCGUUGUGUAGUUACUUAUGGUAAAGAGAAACCAUUACGUUCUCCUUAUGCACACGUUGAGUUAUUAAAAAUCUGUAAAGACAUUCUUAUUGGAGAAAGAGCUUUUAGCAAAACAGUACUUCCUUUGGUUGAAUAUAUUCAAACAUCAAUGAGACCAAAUAAUGAUUUAGUUGCAUUAGAGGCUAUUAAAUUGGCAUCUCAACUUGAAUUAGAUGCUGCUCCACAAUCUCUUUCUGCACAAUUAAUGAAUUCUAUUCAAGUCUAUCUUCAAAGUAAUAAAACUAUUCUUCGAUUUGAGGCUAUUAGAGUUGUAAGUGAAAUGAGUUAUAGAUAUAAUGAAUUGGUAUCAACAGUUAGAAUAGAUGUAGAAAGUUUAUUAAGAGAAAGUAAUAGAGCUAUUCUUACACUUGCCAUUGCCACUUCAUUAAACAUUUGUAAUGAGUCUAGCAUAGAUGGAUUAUUAAAUAAAGUUGCUAAAUUUAUGUCUGAAUUACCUGACUCAUUCAGAACAAAAGUUGUUAAUACUGUAGAGAAGUUAGCUGAACGUUAUCCAAGUAAAUAUCUUACGUUGUUAUCUUUCUUAAGUCAUUCCUUAACAAUUAAAGGAGUAAAAUUCCAAACUGCUGUAGUUAAUACUAUUCGUCGUUUAUGUAUUAUUCAGCCACGAUGUAGAGAAACAUCAUUGACUACCUUAGCUGAUUAUAUUGAAGAUUGUGAAUACCCAGAAAUUAUUAUGAAAGUAUUUUCUUUCAUUGGAGAAGAAGGUCCUCACUCAAAAAAGCCAAUGAAAUAUAUAAGGUCUAUUUAUAAUAGACUUUUACUUGAAUCACCUACUAUUAGAGCUGCUGGUAUCACUACAUUAAGUAAAUUUGCAGAAGUUCCAGAGUUAAAACCCAAUAUCAUUGAAAUAUUAAAGAAAUGUGCUUAUGAUGAAGAUCAGGAAGUCAGAGAUCGUGCUUGUUUCUAUAGUGUUUUCUUAGAUACUCCAAAAGUUGAAACUCCUGUUAUUACUAGUCAAACUGAUAUUGAUGCUCUCCAACAUGUUCUUGAACAAUAUAUUAAUGGUGAUUGUGAAACACCAUUUGACUUAGAAGAAGAGUCUAAGAAAACUAUUAUCGUUGAACCUAUCAAAGAAGAAGAAAUUUCAAAUGAAGUCAAAAAGGAACAAGAAAUUAUUGAAGGUUUUGGAGAAGUUAUAAAGAAGAGUGAAGUUACAUUAACAACAACUGGAAGUGAGUAUGAUGUUGUUUGUAAGAAGAUGAUUUAUAAGAAUAAUGUUGUAUUAUUAUAUUCUAUUACUAAUACAUUAACUGAUUAUUGUUUGUCUAAUGUCUCCAUAGAAAUUGGUAUUGAAAAAGGAGAUUAUAAAGUUAUUGAACAAAGCACAAUUUCUUCACUUCCUGCACAAGGAAGUGAUAUCAUUAAAGUGGUAUUAGACAGACCAGAUAGUUUGAUUGGUACAUUUUCAAAUAAGUUAAUAUAUACAUUAAAAGAAAAUAUUGAAGAUGAUACAGGAGAUGAAGAUGAAUAUAUUAUUGAUAAUGUCUCUUUGAAUUUAGCUGAUUUUGUUAGUCCAGUUGAAAUUGAAGAUUGGAACGUUCAAUUUGAAUCACUUAGUAAAGAAGCAAAUAAAACACAAAUAUUUAAAUUCCCAGCAUUCAAAAACUUACAAAUUGCUGUUGACAAAUUAAAAGAAUUAUUUGGACUAAAUGUUAUUAAUGGAUCUGAUGAUGCUAAAAAGGCAGUUAAGAAACAUGUACUAUUACUUGCAGGAAAUAUUUUGCUAAAAGAACCAGCAACUACAUUCAUUCGUUUAAGAAUGCUUUGUGAUGAAAAAGGGGUAACUGUAGAAGUAUGUAUUAGGUCAACUAACACAUCAAUACCAGAUAUGCUAUUAGCAUUAUUAUAA